AAGAUGGAGUUUAUUAAAGAGGAGAUUGAAGACAUGACUGAUCCAGAACCAUCCAGAAUAAAACAUGAAGAUACUGAGGAACAAACAGACCAGAUGGAAGUGAAGGAACAAAGACAAGAACUGAAUGAAGUUAAAGAGGAAGAUGACUUGAAAGCUCAAAAGAGUUUUUCAUGGUUGAAUAGUUUUACACAGCACCAGAAAACACACAAUGAAAUGAGAGAUCAUGUGUGCUGUGACUGUGGGAAGAGCUUUACUACAAAUGGCCAAUUGAGACAGCACCAAAGAAUUCAUACUGGAGAAAAACCUUACAAGUGCUCAUACUGUGACAAGAGAUUCACUCAGUCCGGAUCCCAAAAAUUACAUGAGCGAGUUCACACUGGAGAGAAGCCGUACGACUGCACUCAGUGUGGGAAGAGUUUUAAAUGUAAAACCAAUCUCAAGUAUCAUCAUCUGCGCGUUCACUCUGAAGAAAAGCCAUUUAGCUGUGAUCAGUGUGGUAAAGAUUUUAAAAUGUCAUCAAAUCUAAAAAAACACCAGAUAAUUCACACAAACGAGAGGCCUUAUGCAUGUUCAUUUUGUGGAGAGACUUUUACACGACUGGAACAUUGUAAACGACACCAGAAAACACACACCGGUGAGAAAAAUCAUGUGUGUUGUGACUGUGGGAAGAGCUUUAUUACAUCUGACCAUCUGAAAAGUCACCAACGAACUCAUACUGGAGAAAAACCUUACAAGUGCUCAUACUGUGACAAGAGUUUCACUCAGUCUGCACACCUGAAAGAACAUCAGCCAGUUCAUACGGGAGAAAAGCUGCACUGUACACAAUGUGAAAAGAGUUUCAGACAUUCAAAAAGCCUUCUCAGGCACAUGAAAAAAUAUCAUAAGUCGUCACAGUGAGGAACAUCUCAUUUUCAUGCUCUUUUCAAGCUCUAAGGCCGAUAGAAAACGGACAAAACAACUAUCAUUUGACAGGAUUUAACUGAUAUUUCUGACACAGAGAU